GUAUGUAUACAUUUUGGAGCGAUGCAUUUCAUGGAUGAAAAGCUCACCAAGUCGACACUAACGGAACCAACAUUUGGUACAUGUUGCCUGGAGGGAAGGAUCGUACUACCAAACUUGAGAGUACCACCUGAAGAGUUUAUAAAGUUACUCGAAGGAACUGAUGAAGUCGCAACGAGUUUUCGGGAAAAUAUUCGUAGGCCCACCGUUGUUUACUAUUCAUGGUCAGCUAAGGCAUAGAACUGGAACACUCUUACCUGAAAAUCCGCAAAGCGGCACAUACUCACAGUUGUACAUUUACGAUGCUUGAGAUUAAAACGCCUUGAGCUAAACCCAAGGUUAAACAUUACGGUGCUUGAGAUCAUACAACAGGUUUUAUCUGCCAACAAUCCCUUCAUGAAGAAAUACAGUCAGGAUUUUGAAUUAUUAAAAAGCAAUGAGCGGAGGGGCAAUGAUGUCCAUGUUUCUCUCCAAUACGAAAAAGGGUCAGAUCCGAGACGUUGGAACCUAUCCACAGCAGAUGAGAUAGCCGUUAUAUUUCCUUAAGACGGACAAACCAUCAACUCUGGACCGCGUAACAUAGUACUUCAUCUGAAAGGAAGUCGUGCUUUACAAAGAAUUAAUGAGUGUCAUCCAGCGUAUUUUCCUCUGCAUUAUAUUCUUUUGUACCCAUAUGGUGAAUUGGAAUGGGAAACUGGCAUGGUACACUGGGAUGUCGAUAUAAGCCUGCUGAUACACGGCUCACUCAAAUGGAAUAUUACACUAUAGAUUAUUUCAGAGGCGAGGUGAGUAUUCGACGAUACUAAGAGCGGGUAUGCUCUUUCAUGAAUUUAAUGUCGAUGCUUGGGCAGCAACUGAACAGAAUCGCCUUCAGUGGAUUAGGAAAAAUCAACCCAAGUUGCGAGUUCAGAACUAUAAAGGGCUUGCUGACCUUGGGGUUGCUGGCAACAAAGCAGCGGAACGUGGUCAGCCAGUUAUACUUCCCUCCACAUUCAUAGGCGGUCCUCGGCACAUGUACGAGAUAUAUCAAGACUCAAUGGCCAUCACCAGGGAUGAUUUGAUUUUGUGGAUUGGUUUUGUACUACUCCAGGCUCAUAAGUGCACGACAAACCUCACAUAUUAGAAGUUGUUUGAGUUCUAAUCAGGUACAACCAUCAUCCAAAUAUAUUCCUCACCAUGACAGCAAAUCCGCGUUGGGAAGAAAUUACAAGUGUUGUGUUAGAAAACCAACAACCACACAAUAGGCCUGAUUUGGUGGCUAGGGUGUUUGAGCUCAAACGUAAGGCGCUGAUAAAAUAAAUAGAAGAUAAGAAAGUGUUUGGCAGGGUGGUUGGAUAUGUUUACACAAAAGAGUUUCAAAAGAGGGGUUUGUCGCAUAUGCACAUGUUGAUUUUUCUGGACAAGGAAGAUAAAAUACACACCCCGGAGCAAGUGGAUAAGAUGGUAUGUACCGAAUUCCUAGAUGAAAAAAAGGAUCUAGAACUUUUUCAAACUAUACAGAGAUGCAUGGUUCAUGGACCCUGUGGUGCUAGGAAACCAAGUGCAAGUUGCAUGGAUGGCGGCAGGUGCACCAAAAACUAUCCGAAACAAUAUGCAGAGUCAACUUCAAUUAGUGAGGAUGGAUACCCAGUGUAUCGCCGACGCGAUGAUGGCCGGGUUUUCCAUUAUCGCAACCAGUCAUACACUAAUAUAGAUGUGGUUCCUUACAAUCCACAUCUUAGCAGGGUGUUUGACUGCUAUAUCAAUGCCAAGGACUGCUCCAGCAUCCUUGCCGUGAAGUAUAUACACAAGUAUAUCUACAAGGGAUAUGACUUGAAGAUUAUGGUUGCUGGUGAUGGCCCCAACGAGAUUCUUCAAUAUCUGAAUGCAAGGUAUAUUGGAGCACCCGAGGCAGCUUGGAGAUUACUUGGAAACCGUCUAUACAAAGAGAAGCCCAAAGUACAACGGCUAGCGGUACAUCUUCCGGGCAAGCAGCGAGUUAUUUACGAUCCAGAUGAUUCAGUCUAAGUAAUUCAGGACAAGGAAGAAAAUGUAGUAACCACUCUGAUGGGGUAUUUUUACUACAACAGGAAUCAUGUACAUGUGCCAGAUAAACAUAUUUAUUAGCCCAACCACGAUUUUUUUGAGGCUUCACCUCGAACCAUGUUCGAAGGGUUAAAUCCAGAAGACGAGGCAUACAUCUACCAAGACUUCCCUCAGAAGUUUGUAUGGUCAGAUAAGAAGUGGUCUCCUCUACAGAAAGUCUUUGCAAUUGGGAAAAUGUAUUUUGUCACCCCAAAGAGUGGCGAACUUUAUUACCUGAGGUUGUUGCUUACGGUAGUAGCUGAGGUAAGGUCCUUCAAGCACCUGAGAACUACGAUGAAGAGUGGUGUUCAAGAGGUCCACCGAACUUUCAAGUCUUCCUGUAUUGCACUAAAUUUGUUGGAAGAUGACGGAGAAUGUGAUAAAUGCUUGAAAGAAUCCGUCGUAAUCAAAACUGGGCAUCAGCUGCGACAACUGUUUGGUAUAAUACUAACCAAGUGCAGUCCUACGCGGCCAGAAGUUCUGUGGGAGAGGUAUGGGAAAGAUAUAUGUGAUGAUUUACCAUUUAGGAUCAAAAGACAGUACGUAAUUAAAAAUCCAAUUGAGGAGCAGGUUCUUGAUUACGGUCUUUACCUCAUGGAGAAAAUAGUUCAGGAGGAAGGGAAGGAAAUGAAGGAUCUUGGAAUGCCCCAACAUACCGGUGAAUGGAGCCGAAUUGUUGGAAAUAGAUUACUAUGGGAGCAAAGAGAACUGCAGUUUGAGAUUCAAGAAUCAGUGGUGGAUUCGAAUGUGAAUAAAUUCAAUACAGAACAAAGAAAUGCGUUUAAGACAAUUACGGAUUCCGUAGUGAAUAAUAUUGGUAGAACGUUCUUCUUAAAUGGUAGUGCUGGGUCGGGGAAGACUUUUGUGUACAACACAUUGGCAGCAACACGUAAAAGCAAGGGUGACGUUGUUUUAACAGUCUCUUCUUGCGGCGUCUCUGCAUUGCUUCUAACUGGUGGAAGGACAACACAUUCUACCUUUAAGAUGCCUUUCGAGCCACAACUUGAUUCCAAGUGUAAUGUCGAUUUUGAUUCAAUCGAGGCGGAAUUGUUUCGAGCUACCAAGUUGAUCAUAUGGGAUGAGGUGGCAAUGCAACACCUAUUUUGUAUUGAAGCGGUAGAUCGUACUCUAAGAGAUGUGAGAUCAAGUGACCAACCAUUCGGAGGGAUCACUGUCGUGCUUGGAGGAGACUUUAAGCAAACUUUGCCAGUGGUACAGAAGGGUCGUAGAGAACAAAUCAUAGACGCCUCGAUUAGAAGCUCUGUUUUAUGGAGAAACGUGAAUGUGCUUAAGCUAACACAGAACAUGAGGCUUGAGAGUCAAGAUCCUGACAGCAUUGCAUUCGCUGAGUACUUACUUCAGGUACGUUUUCUAUACAUGAAAUUCUUCUCUUGCCAUUAUCUAUUUUUAUUUUGAAUUUUAUGCUUAUGAAACGCAGUGCAAUGUUUCUAUGUUUGUGUAGUUUGUGUAUAGGUAUGUUUAUCAAGAAGUACAAUAUUGUAAU